AAAAUUGCAGUGGUUGGUGUACAUGGAUGGUUUCCUAUGAAGCUUGUACGUAGUGUUAUGGGAGAACCUACUGGUACAUCCGAGAAAUUCUGUGAGCAAAUGUCGAUGGCUGCAAAAUAUUAUUUUGAAAGUGAGCAUGGAGUCAAGAUUCAUGAUAAUUCAAUCACGAUGAUUCCGUUACAAGGGGAAGGCAAAGUAGAAGAGAGGGUAGAUAAAUUGUUCAAUAGUUUGGUCAACAAUCCCGCGUGGAUGAGCGCCCUGAUAUCUGCCGAUGUGAUCUUGUGGGCAACUCAUUCACAAGGAACUCCUGUAUCUACUCUCCUUCUCCGCCGUCUUUUGGAUAGAGAACUUGUGAAUGUACAAAGACAGGCUGUCAGUUUGCUGGCUAUGGCUGGUAUUUGCUAUGGACCAUUCCCAACUCUGAAAGGCAGUCUUAUAGUAAAAUAUUUUGAGGCAGAUGCGGCACGAGAACUAUUUGAGUUUAUGGAUUCCAAUAGUACUAUAUCUCAGAAAUUCGCAGAUUCACUUGGCUAUAUUCUUCGUCGAGGAAUCAAGACAACCCUGAUCGGAUCCAUGCAAGAUCAGGUCGUUCCCCUCUAUUCAGCAAUUAUGACUGGAACGUCACAUCCAAAUAUCCUACGCGGAAUGUAUAUUGAUUCCCACAUAUACUCUCAAGAUGAUUUUCUUAUCAGCAUAAUUAGCUUUGCACUUCGGUUACGCAACGUCGGAUUGUCAGACCAUGGACUAUUGACGCACAUUAGCGAAGUUCUUGCAGGAAAUCUGUAUUCGUUGGAAGGUGGUCAUUCAACAAUUUACGAAGAGCUUGAUGUUUAUGUGAUUGCGGUUCGGCACCUCUUUGAGACAGCACCUUUUGAUUUGAUUACUCCAAUGGAGGCCAAAAUUGAUCCCUUUCAAUCAAAAGUACGUCUUAAUCCGUUUUAUCUUCCGUGGGCAAUGAGGGGUAUAUUUGAUGACACACGGAUUUCCAAUGAUCCCAUAUUAUCCCAAGAACUAAAGAAUCUAAAGGUUCUAUAUGAUUCUUGGAGUCCUGCGAGUGCUAAACUGCGUGAAAUUAAGUUUCGACUAGAGCCAUUAAAAGCAAAACUAUAA